UGCAGCCGAGGCCCGGCGAGAGCAUGUCCAAGCCGGUGGACCACGUGAAGCGGCCCAUGAACGCCUUCAUGGUGUGGUCCCGGGCUCAGCGGCGCAAGAUGGCCCAGGAGAACCCCAAGAUGCACAACUCGGAGAUCAGCAAGCGCCUGGGCGCCGAGUGGAAGCUGCUCACCGAGGCCGAGAAGCGGCCGUUCAUCGACGAGGCGAAGCGCCUGCGCGCCAUGCACAUGAAGGAGCACCCGGACUACAAGUACCGGCCGCGGCGCAAGCCCAAGACGCUGCUCAAGAAGGACAAGUUCGCCUUCCCGGUCCCCUACGGCCUGGGCGGCCCCAGCCCGGGCAACCCGGGCUACAUGAUCCCGUGCAACUGCAGCGCGUGGCCCAGCCCCGGGCUACAGCCGCCGCUCGCCUACAUCCUGCUGCCGGGCAUGGGCAAGCCUCAGCUGGACCCCUACCCCGCGGCCUACGCCGCCGCGCUAUGACCCCGCGGGGCCGCCGCGCAAGCACCGCUGUGAAUACGUGUACAUGUGUAUAGGUACGAGCGCCUGGGCCUCCUGCGACAGGGCCCGCCGUUUGUAUGUACAUAAGAAGUAUAGGUGACACGCCGAGGCAGAGACGCAGGUCGGUGCGCUCGUCAGCGAGCGCGCGGGUGAGUGUGCGUGGGAAUUCACAGGAUCGUUCCAGGCCCGCACUUGGGCCGCAAACUUUAGAGGGCGGUUGUGUCGCGCGGCAGUUGGUAUCCGCUUUGCACUUCGAAACCUGUUGCAUUUGUGCCCACAGAGAUUCCAGAGUAACUUUUUGACGUGUUUGGCAUUCUAGUUCUGUUCUGUUCUGUUCUGUUUGUUUGUUUUGUUGGAAGUUUUAUUGUCGGCUUUGUUUUCAUUUCUUCAUUAUCUUUCUUUUCUUUCCUUUUUAACUCCUGCCCCUUCCUGGCCCGAGUUGCAUGCAUUCUGUUCCAAUGUGAGGUCUGAAUUUGCUGGCACAAGGCAAGGGAAAAGUUGAUCUGUGUCUUAAGUUUCUCGGCGCUGGAUGCCUCUGAGCCACCUUGGCUCCGCAUUUGUACUACUCGAGCUUUGCAGAGAAGCCCAGACCAGAUCUUUCUGGACCAGUGACCCGUGCCCAUAUGGUGACCACAGUUUCUAUUGUUUAUCAUGCCAUAUGCAAAUCAGAACCAAAACUCUUUCUGGAGAGUAAGAAACGCAAACAAAUAUGUAAGAUGCAAAAUUGACAAUUGGAUUUUUCUCCCCUAAAAACGAAACAAAACUAGGAUUCUGAGUCCACCCUCUUGGAUUUCCGACACAGUUGACCAAAGGAGAAAACGCAUGCCCUCGGUUCUACGUUUUGGCGAGUCUACGUUUCGAUUGUAAAUGUGUAAAUGUCCGUGAAAACCUUCCCAGUCUUUGAAAAUGUGUUAUUUGCGUUGCCCUAUAUUUCAGUGGGUUUUAGGCUCAAAAGCUUCUGCGCGAAUGUCAAAGUUACCUUUGAAAAAAAAAUGCGGUCUGUUUCAGAAUCGCAAUUUUACCUAAGAUUAAAUCAGACUUUUUUUGUCUGAGUGGUAAUUAUAUAUUUAUUAUUUAGCAAACCCGAAGGAAAAUAAAACAAUUGUUUUGACAGAUGUCUUUCAUUUUCAGUAACAUUCCCCCCUCCCAACCUUAACUGGUUCAAAUUUGUUUUGGCGAUCCCUCCCAAAUUAGUUUACCCACCCACCCCCAUCUGCAAUUCACUUGCAAUUUAUGAUAAAAUACAAUUUAGAAAAAUAACUUUUCUCAAUUAAAGCUUUUGGGGGGUUUCCUUUAAAAUGUAUAUAUUUUGACUAGUGUUUGUGGAUGGAGUUGGCUAACAUGUAUUUAGUUUCAUUUUGGCUCUAUGUAAUAUAAAGUUUUUUCAAGUUUAGCUAUUGCUUUUAACUUUUAUGUGUAAAUGGUUUUCUUGUGCGAUCUUCUAAUUUAAUAUUAGAUGUCUAAACUAUAUCUGUAAAUUAGAUUCUGACUAUCACUCUGUUUUGUUUUGGUUUUUUUGAACAAAGAGUUUAAAUAAAGCCUGAACCAGGGAAAAGAAAA